AUGACAAUAACCCACCCGCCGAAGACGGCCGCUCCCCCAGCCCCCGCGGCCCCAGACGGGCUCCCACCGGACUCGGGAGCGCCGCGCCCACCGCGGCCCCACCCGGGCCCGGCCGGGGACCCCCCCCCAACCCGCACGCCCACCCCGGCACCACCUACCGCAGCCCCGCCCCGCGCCGGCCCCACGUGCAGGGCCCCACCCCGGCGCCCGCGGCCCUUUAAACACCCCCCCCCGUACACACCACCACCCCCCGCCUGCCACCCGGACGGCAGCCGGAGAGGGACAAAACUCAUGGCGUACAGCCAGGCUCCUCCGCGGAUCACGUCCCGGGCAGCCCGGCCCGAGGGGCCCUCCACCCCCGGCCGCAGCCCCCCGGCGCCCCCCAGCCCCCAGCGGCCGGGCAGGGGAGUGCGGGGCGGGGCCGGCGGCCGCGCGGGUCUCCGCCGCCGCCCUCGCCGCCGCCGCCUCCGCCUGCCGCUCGGGCCGCCCGCUCGCCCGCCGCUGGGUGCGCUGCACGCGGGGGGCAGCCGCGGAGCGCACGCUCCGCGCGCCCUGCCGGAGAGAGGGGGCGGGCGUGGGCGGGGGCCGGCGGGCGGGCGUCGGGGCGGCGGGGACCCCGCGCGGCGGCCGGAGGAGGGGGCUUCCCCGGAGGAUGCCCGGCGGCGGCUACCCGCUCCCGGGCGCGAGCUGAGCCGGACCCGGAGCGGGCGGCGCGUCGCCAUGCCGGCGUGA